CUAUUGGCAACACUCAGCUGUGGACUUGUACUUCGCGCCAGGCAGAGACUCUGAGGUAGCAGCUGUGGUCGCACGGGCAAAGUUGCUGACUCUGUCGCUGCUGGUAAUUGUGGACGCCAGUUUGUGGCCAUUGUAUCGGCGCGGUAUUGGUGGUAGUGGCUUUUGCGCUAUCCGCACAGAGACAGGCCUCGUUGUUAUGACUUCAUGAGCUCGUAAGCACAACCAGUUACGAUUCAACUUUCAUUCCGUGCUGACGUAUCCAUCCGGUCGUGUUGAGUAUGCGCAGCGAGCGCUUUGAGUGUUAACCGAUGUCGGUAAUGAUUCUGUAAAUGGCCAGCAAAGCAAGGAAUCAGCGGGUAUAUAGCCUUGAAUGUUUGUAUGUAUGCAUUGCAGAUGUAACAGCAAGCGAAGUGAAACAAAUUUAUGGAAAAAAUAAAACAAUAAUUUUUGUAAAAAAAAAAAAACAAACAUUAAACAAAAUAAAAUACAAGUUAGUAAAAUUAAUUACGCGCCCGAUCACACACGAGCAUUUGAAAUACGCUGGUGAAUGGCUGAAAAUGUUUAGGCGAGCGCCAAAAGCAACAGCCCAGCCAACGUUGCUCACAUAAUCGUCGACGGCAACUAAAAUUUGAGUUAACCAAGAAAUGGGAAAACACAAACAAAACAACAAACAAACGAAAAUAACGAUUGUAAUUGUAUUUAAUAGCGGCAAGUGAUUUACCAACGAAACGUGCAGACCAGCUGUAUAACCGAAAGCCUAAAAUUCAAAAAGAAAAAAAAAACACAGCAACUGCACCGAGUGUUGUCCACAAGCGCGGCACGCAAAAAACAAAACAGCAGCUCUAGCUAAGCUAACUAGCAAACCAAACAAAAAAUAACUCGAAAAUAUUUGCACUAGUAUUUGAGUGUGGCAGUGGCGCCAACGCCAUAGUUAGUCGUCACAAAAAAACAGCGCUUUGUGGGAUCAAAGCGACGCGGCACAUCACCUACAUAUAUACAUACAUAUGCACAUACAGCAUUUACAUGCAAAAGAAGUUCAACAACAUUUUGCAGUUUGUGUAUUCGAAAGGUAAAUGCGACAGCUGCUGCAGCACCUUAGUGAGAAAAGUGAAAAACAAAGCCCACGCCACAGCUAUCGAUUGCCUGCAACAACAAGCCUCUCUCCUCUGACAAUCUCUCAUUAACCGUAACAGCGACAAAAUGACACCAAUUUUUCACAAAAACUUGAAUAAUUUUUAUUUCGACUUUGUCGAAAUUUUCACAAAUCCUGACAACAAGCGUGGAAAAGUAAUCACCGUUGCUGCCGCUCUCAGUACGCGUCAAAUGUCCACGCACCGUAUAGGAUUUUCGCGGACAUUUCUUCAGCUGUCAGUUGCACUGCUGUUGAUUUCUUCAUUGGCCGUUGCCAACUGUCAAGUUUGUGGUCAACCUGCUGUGCCACUUAAUGCUAAAGUACAGACCAUAUCCGGGGAUGCGGGCAUAACAGAGGCAAAAUAUGAAUGUGAUUCAGGUUAUGAGCUUUUUGGUCCACGCACUAUCAAAUGUGAUCCGUUUAGCGGUUGGGAGCGUGAGUUGCCAUUUUGUGGCACAAAUGUAGCCUAUCGUAAGCCGGUCAAUCAGAGUUCGUAUACGCGUGCGGGACCGGCAAAUUUCGCUAACGAUGGCAAUCCGGGUAAUAAGAACCCAGAUGGCCAGCAAUGUUCUGAAACACAAAAAGAACCCUCGCCAUGGUGGCGCGUUGAUCUGUUAGCUCCACAAGCUGUACGCGUGGUACGCAUCACAACACGCGGCUGUUGCGGUCAUCAGCCACUGCAGGAUCUGGAGAUUCGCGUGGGCAAUAGCAGCGCAGACUUGCAACGCAAUCCACUAUGCGCCUGGUAUCCCGGCACUGUGGAGGAGGGCGUCACUAAGACAUUUUCAUGUGCGCGUCCACUAAUCGGCCAAUAUGUUGCCAUACAAUUGGUGGGUGUGGAGGGCAGUUUGAGUUUAUGCGAAGUGGAAGUCUUCACCAAUGAUGAAUUCUCCGUCGAUCGCUGUCUUAGUCCCAAUCUGAGUGUGGAAACGGUGUUGACAACAUUCUCGAAAACUUGCUACGAGUUUCACGUGACCAAGGGUGAGAAUUUCGAGAAGGCGCAGCAAAUGUGCAAAUCAACGGGUGGCAAUUUGGUGCACGAUUUUCGUGGCGCUGCCAAUGAUUAUAUACUCUCCGAAUUGGAACGCCGCAAAUCAGAACUAAAGACACAGCUGGUGUGGAUUGGCGCACAGAAGGAGCCCGGCAUUACUUCGCGCACCUGGAAAUGGGUUAACGGUAAGCCAAUGGGUUUUGUUUGUCUCAUAAAUUUUUAUUUAAUUAAAAUUUUACACUGCAAAAAUUAUGUUUCGCACAAGCAAAAAGUACAUACGAUAUAUACAUAUGCAUGUAUGUAAAUAACUGUGUA